UCGUCGUGUUUUGUUGUGCAGUUGCCUUGGUUGCUGGUGUGAUGUUUGUCGUUAGGUGGUGUGGUGAGAUUCAUUCGUGACGUGCAGUCAUUCGCGGGGAAUUAGCACAGCUGAUUCAAGCACUGACCUACACUAUGGGUGGGCAGGUGUCUGUUCUGAUGAGAAUGCAUGCCCAAAAUAUGGAACAUCAGGCACAUAGCAUGACUACCUCACCAGCGGAAGAUGAAGUCACUGAGGAGACUGCGGAGGCCGAGAAGAACAAGUUCCCCGACCUGAGCGAGCUGCCGGCCGAGCUCGGCCUGGAGGUCCUCAAACACCUGAACGCCACGGACCUGUGUCUGGCCGCCUGCGUCUGGCAGAACCUGGCCGAGGAUGAGAUCCUCUGGCAGGGGCUGUGCAAGGACCAGUGGGGCUACGCCAGUGUAUACCGGCGACUGCGCGGCGCCGGCGGCGGCACCUCUUACCGCCACACGUUCCUCCAGCUGGACGAAGGCACGCUCACCUUCAACGCCGACGCCUUCUCAGGUAUGCACUACUUCAUCAGCCGCGGCCUGGUGGACGACGACCCGGCAGAGAUCGCUAUGUUCCUGCACACCAGCAGCAAGAUGGACUCCAGCCAGCUACGGCGUUACUUGGACCAGCGGCGGGACGUGAUGACGCUCAUCAUGGACCUGCAGAACUACAGCGACCAGUUCCUGCCGGCCGCGCUGCGCAAGCUGUUCAGCAAGGUGCAGCCGCCGGAGGACCGGGGCAACUACCUGCAGACCCUGCUGGACAAGUUCUCCAUCAAGUUCUGCCAGGGCAAUCCCCGGCUGGGACUGUCCACGGACACGGUCUACAUCCUCUGCUUCUCGCUCAUCAUGCUGUCCGUGGACCUGACGUCGCCGCACGUCAAGAACAAGAUGUCGAAGCGCGAGUUCAUCAGGAACGUGCGUCAUGCGGCGGCGGUGGACGACGUGCUCAGCGGCCACCUGUACGACGACAUCUACCUGCGCGGCCACAUCGUCGGUCGACGACCGGCGCUCGGCUGUCGCUAGUGCCGGCCCUGCCGCCAGGGGCGCCGCUGUCGCCGCAGCUUCGCGCCGCGCCCGCCGGGAGCGCUGCAGUCGCCGCUGGUUCUCCGCGCGGCCUCCGACGACGCGGCCAGCUGCAGGAGACCGGCAGGCAGCUAGAACUAUGGCAGUUUUACAACGAAUUACGUGUGUGUCAGGUGUUGGCGUGGAGUUUCCGCGCCGAGUAGGAGCAGCGUUGUUAUCUUGUUUUAGGCAGUGCAGGGAGUGGCCUAGAUCAGGGACGGAUGCUGGGUCAGCUGGGCGAAGUGCUAGCGUUGCAGCUGGAGAGCCUUGAUUCGCUAACGCUACUUCGAGGCCUAUAGGCUUUAUCCGUGUGAGGUAGUUCAUCAGACCGGAGCAGCGAUCAGUGCUUAGUUGAAGUGUCAGCCAGGUGACGUAAUGUUUUGGCACCGGCUGGACGGCCUGCGAGGUAUCUAUGCUCUGGUGCAGCGGGACCACCAGGCAGCGGCCCGGGACGAAACUGACAUCCACAGAGACGACGCGCCGUGGCCUCCCAUGCUUGCUUUUCACUGUCCGACCUGUGACUGGAGUACUUAUUUUGUUUGACACGACGAAACGACGUGACCUUGUCCCGCCACGUUGAAGACGGACUGGAUCUAUUUUUAUGAGACCUGACAGGUCCUGGCUGUCGUUGCUUGAAUGGCGGUCUGUAUGGGUCAGCACCGUCCGCUAACCGAACCGAACCCGGCGCUUGGUUCAAUACUGGGCGAGACCGGAAGGACCGUGCAAGCCACAGACGGCUAGGGCAGAUGCCAGCCCGGUGGCUGCCCCCCCCCCCCCUCCCCUGCGAGGCACGUGGCGGGACUGUCCCGGACUGUCUUGGUCCGCGCCGGUCCGCGCGUCUCCAGACCGCGGUCCGGACGACACCGGGAUCUGCCGGAGCGGCGCCGGCCGCUGCGCGCGCUCGCAGGGCCGGCCCGGGGCGUCGUCGUCAGCGCUGCGCUGUGUCGCUUGGUGGCGUGCUCGGCCCGCGCCUUCACUAGUCAUUUGUCGUUACGUGUCGCGUGCCGCUCCCGCUUCCCCUCCCCCUCCGCUGCGGGUGGCUUCCGCCCCGCGGCGCGCCGCUGUCCGCACCGCCCCCAUCUACCGUGGACUCGCAGCGCUCGACGCUGUGCGGGCGCGUGUGUCUGGCUCGCGUAGCGUCGGAACCCCUCUCCGCGUCUGCUCCCGACGUCCCCCGACCGUUAACCGAUCCUGGAUGCUUUCGGGGGUCGUGGGAGGGCCGAGUGUCUGCCGCUGAGGGCGUCGGUUGGCUCGCGACUGCGGCAGCUGCACCUUAGCACUCUCUUCAGCUCUUCAGCACGGCACUAGCAUUACUUGAGCCGCCGCGUCGUUAGGCGAGGCGUUGGUAGGCCGCGGUGGUGAGCGGUCCGACGUAAGAUGCUAGGCUCGUGCAGCGCGGCGGCGGGCCUCGUUCAGUAUCAGACCCGGUGGUGGUACACCUACCCGGCAUUACACCCCGGCCAGAGGACCGCUUCCGCGUUGGACUGAUGUGCCGUGUGUCCCACGCGACGUAAGUCCGCCGCCGGUCUGCUGUGAAGGUGCCAUGUUAUCCACUGCGCAGCGUGCGGUGUGAGUAGCGAGCGUAGUUCCGUGAGGACGGUUUGUGAUCGGCUCGUGCCGGUUAGAGCGUGGCUGCUUGUGCGGGCUCGCGCUGCCCGCCUGGGGAGCACGUGCACCGGUGGGGCGGUGCGCUCCGUGUCUGUCGACAGCGGCCGGAGCCGAGGCGCGUCGCCAGCCGACCCGCACGUCUCCGCUGGCUGCGCUAGCCGUGGUCGGCGCCCGUCCGUGGCAGACUCCGCUCCCUCGCUGCCGGCGCCGUGAACGUGCAAUUCAGGGACUGUGAUGCGCCGCAACUGACGGCAGGUGAACAUCUGCUGGAGCUACCGGCAUCACCGGUGCGAGCUGGCCGCCCGGUUGUGACGCGUUGGCUGCUGCCUGCGCGCGUUCGAUGCUUAGGGAUCUCUGAAUGUCUGCCCGCUGGCGACCGAGGGCCGAUUUUAUCAGCAAUGAGCGAUGGAAGAUGGCAGUGGACGGGAUGGGAACCAAGGGCGUGUGCUCCUUCCCACUUACGUUGCGGAGGAGAUCGCGGUGUUUUGGGCCGUUGUUUGUGUUUGUAUUAUUUUGUUAACGCUCUGAUGCCACUGACCAGAUCGAUUUACUUGUAUUUGACCCGUUUCUUUGUUAAUCCUUGAAGGCUUUUACCUAGCCACUCUACUUAAUAUAUUUCGUCAUAUUA